GAAUUGAAUGUCACGUCUUUGGAGGGCAAGGUUUUGGACAGAGGGCGUGUUGCUAAAGUGAGGGGCUAGACUUAUUCAGUGGCUAAGUUAGCAAAAUGGUCAAUAUGGCACCUCUACAUUUAAAUAGGAACAUGAGAGAGAGACAGAGAGAGGGAGGUAAUGUAACAAUGCACUUUUUCUCCUAUCGUAUACCAUGUUUUCGUGGAACCCGCCGCUAGACAUACGCAACAGAGCAUUACAGUUUGCCUAUUAAAUAUUUUACAGUAGUCUUAAUGUGUGCCUUUAUUGUCAUUGUAGUAGAUGUUUGACUGACAAAAUAGCUCUUGUGAAUUUGUCACUAAGCUAAAGUGUGACAGUCGCACCGUUAGUGACUGACCAAAGGUCGCUCCUUCUUUCUUCCUAACCAUUCAUUUCACCAUGUCUCUUCGGCACAACGUCUUGCUUUUCCUUUGCAUUUUUCCUUUUACUAAUGCACUCUACAAGCAAUGGAUUCCAGACACCAAUUUUGACAACGCUACCAACUGGGAUAAAGGUUCUGUACCUUGCGGUAAUGACCAAGUUGUGUUUUUAGCUCAGAGUAAAGUAUCAGUGUAUGUAGAAACAGCUCACACUAUCACUGGAAUGAGCUUGCCGGUGGAUGGAGAACUGAUUCUGGCAUCUGGCGCUGGGUUUACUGUAAGAGAAGGUGGAGAUCCUGGUUGUGGAUCUGGGGUCACGGCACACUUUAAAGACUCUGAGUCUCAGAAGUGGUUCGACCCAUCGCUGUGGGUGGCUGCAACCACAAUCGACGACCUGCACAGAGGUACAUAUCAGUUUUCAGUCCACGAGGAGAGUGUCCCAUGCCAGUAUGACGACGUGGUAUUUCGAGAGGCCACCUCAUUCCGUGUGGACGUUUCAUCAGAUUAUGAUGUGCCUGUGAAGAGUGUGUCUGUACUUGGGAAGAAGUUCACCAGCAGCUCUGAGUUUUCUCAGUACCUGUCAUCCAAUUCCGGCAAGCUGCAGUUCCACGGCUCCUCAUCCCUUAAAGUUGGCAAUUCAGGCUGUAAUGAUAUCACGGGGUGCAUUUGUGACAACUCUGGAAACCGAGACAGGAUCUGUUCAAAUGUGAAAUGCGAUUCACUGGAGUGCAAGAAACCCCUGAACCCGGUGGGACACUGCUGCGACGUUUGUGGUGCCGUCGUGAACGUUCAGUUCUCUUCGAGCUUCAACUUUGAGUCGUAUCGCCAACGGCUGCAGCACCUUUUUCUCAGCCAGCAUAAAUAUGAAUCUAUACAGAUGGCCUUGUCGAAAGUGUCAAAAGAGCAGAGGCUGCUGCGAGUGAUUCCUUUCGGAGCCACUCAGGAGAUUCAGGUGUUGCUUCUGGACCAGAAAACAGGGCAGGAAGCCGGGAAGCUGGCUGAAGCCCUCGCUCGAGACGUGGUGCGGGAUGUGCACAACCACGGACUGAACUUCGGCAUCACCAGCGCGGAGUUCCAGGCGUCGUCCGGCGCGAGCAGCAGCGAGGCGGCUGGAAACAAUGCAGGGGUCGUGGUGGGUGCAGUGCUGGGCUCCCUGCUUGGAGUGUGUCUACUUGCAGCCGUCGUUGUGCUCUACCGUCGCGGCAUUGUUAAGAUACCCAGAAUGCCUAGCAUCCCCUCACUCAGCAAGUGGAAGAACAGUAGUGAGAUUGGGGAGCUUGGUGGCCCCUUGGACCAUGGCUAUGACAACCCCAUGUUUGACAAACCGACUAUGAUGCCUGAGGAACCAGGGCUGUACGGGACAGAGAUGAUAAACACGAUAACCCUAACUCCGUCAGGAGUGCAUUUCGUUAAUCCUGUUUAUGAUGAAACUGAUUUCAAUGCAUGAACGGUAUAGUAUCAGCUGAAUUGAUGAGGGGAUGUGAUGACAAAAUAAUAUGAAUAAAAACUUAACAUAAUCAUAGAUGAACUAAUCUCAAAAUGUAACAAAUUGAAAAAAAAAAAGUUGUGGUAAAAAAAAAAAUACACUACUGUAUGUUGUUCACAAAAUGACAAGCAUGGUUAUCUGAGAUUUUUUUUCUUUUUUGGCUAUAUUAUUGUUUCAUUACUUUUAAUUCAGCGUUAAAUUCUGGGAUACAAAUAUGCAUUUGAUUAAUAAAUAAAUAAUACUACGUGCAAUUGCCAGUCUUCCCCAGGUGAAGUUUGUGGUCACAACAUUUAGCUUUCAGAUAUCAAAGAAAUAUCAUCACGGUGACAAACAAGUACAAUAAUUAAAUCUCAGAUUUGAAGGUUACAACUUCAAAGUGUAAUGCUGGAUUCUUCAUGUUGUUAGAUUGCAAGACUGACUCUGUUUACGACAAUACUUAAUUAUUCAACUUUAAAAUUAAAGAUUCUUCAGCAAUACAGAACCUGUUUGGGCUUCUCGAGUUGCUAAAAGUCUCUUUGGAUCUUUAAAAAGAUUCUUGGUGUUACAUUGCAGAUUAGUUCUGCCCUUUUGUGCACGUUGCUUUGUCUUCCGGACAGUUCUGCUGAAGGAGCUUUAUCCUCUGAUGUCAGGCAGGAUAUUUAGCAUAAUUUGUCAUUUCCUAAGGGAACAUUGUUCAUAAUAUCUUUGUUGGUUUCUACAGCAAUCACAUUUACAGCCUUUCCUUCUCUGUAGGCUUUGAACAGCCCUGUAAGAGAUCACACGUAUAAUAAAAGUUUGCUGACCCCUAUCUAUUGCAGUUUGCACGUAGAGAGGUAGAACAAAAGUAGAUGCAGCACUUUAAUACUUGCCAAAAUGUAUCAACCAGAUCAUUUUCCACUUUAAAUAUCAACACAUUGUUCAAAACAAAUGAUCAGACAAACGCAAAAACACAAAAAUUUCGAAUUUAAUAGUUACAUACUAACAAAUAACAUUAUGAACAAAGUUGAUGUAUGCAUUAUAAAAUAAGGCUGU